AUGACAGGUAAACAAGGAGCUGUGCUAUCUGAAACGUUGAAUAUAUCCAAAACGUCCUCUCUCGGUGCUAACGGAGGUAACAGCCUGCACCAACAAUCAAAGAACAGCGCCACGCACCCUCCCAGAUGCACGGGAUUCGGGAUCCAGGAGAUUUUAGGGCUGAAUAAAGACUCUUCGGCAGUCCCGAGGAGCACCCUGCAGUCUCUGCCAUCUGGCGCGCACCUGCUUGCCGCCAGGUCAAUGCUUGGUACGGCUGGUAUCGGAGUUGGGAUGGGAUUAAUCGGGCCUGGAGGGAUUCCGUCGUUCUACAGCCAACCAGCGUUUUUGGAGGUCCUGCAGGACGCGCAGAACGUUCACUUGCAGCCCCACAAUAGAACUGUGGGACCUCUGGACCACAGCCAGUCCGCCAGUUCGGACUCAGAAGAUUUUUCGUCAAACGAACGAAAACUCUCAAAGACCUCAUUAAGCCAGAGCAAGAAAAGGAAGAAAAGACGGCACCGAACCAUAUUCACAUCUUACCAGCUCGAGGAGUUGGAGAAGGCCUUUAACGAAGCCCACUACCCUGAUGUGUAUGCACGGGAGAUGCUGGCUAUGAAAACAGAGCUUCCUGAGGACAGAAUACAGGUCUGGUUUCAGAACCGCAGGGCCAAAUGGAGGAAGAGGGAGAAGUGCUGGGGUCGCAGCAGUGUGAUGGCAGAGUAUGGGCUGUAUGGAGCCAUGGUCCGUCACUCCAUCCCCCUCCCGGAUUCCAUCCUCAAGUCCGCCAAGGAUGGGAUCAUGGACUCUUGUGCCCCAUGGCUGCUUGUUGAAGAUGGCUUUCCAAUCAGCAGACGCUUUUCUAAAUCCGAAUACCCCCAAUUCUUUACAGGGAUGCACAAAAAGUCCAUGGAGACCACGGUCGUCCAGCCAACAGGGAAGUUCGACAUUCCCCAGCAGCCAGCCAUUCAGAGAGGUGAAGAAUGUGACGUGGAGGAGAAGAGGCCGGAGGGCAAGUCACCCAUCUCCAAAGAGGAACUGAGGGAGAACAGCAUCGCAGCACUCAGGGCAAAAGCACAGGAGCACAGUGCAAAGGUGCUCGGGACUGUUACAUGUGAGAGACCAGAGAGCAAAGUGGAGAGACAGGCAGCAGAGGAAAAAUCUAGUGGCCCUUUGAGUCCAGUGGAAGAGCCCAAGAGUCCAUAG